AUGGGCCAGGCGCUGAUCGGUGCGAUUGCGAACGAUCCGGCGGCGCGGCUUUCGGGCGCGCUCGAGCGCGAAGGGGCCGAUGCGAUCCUGCGCGAUGCGGGCGAAGUGGCGGGCCUGGGCGCCAAUGGCGUAACCGUGACCGCCGACCCGGACGAAGCCUUUGACGGCGCCGAUGCCAUCCUCGAUUUCACUGCGCCGGCAGCAACGCGGGCGUUCGCCGACAUGGCCGCCCAAAAGGGCAUCGCGCAUAUCAUCGGCACCACCGGCAUGAGCGCCGACGACGAGGCGCAUGUGCAUCUCGCCGCAGAACGCACGGUCAUCGUCAAAUCCGGCAACAUGUCGAUGGGCGUCAUCCUUCUGUCUGUUCUCGUCGAGCGGGCCGCCGCAGCGCUCGAAGCAUCGGAUUGGGACAUCGAGGUGCUGGAGAUGCAUCACAAGCACAAGGUGGAUGCACCGUCGGGCACCGCGCUGCUGCUCGGCCAGGCCGCGGCGACCGGGCGCGACAUCGAUCUGGACCAGAAUUCGGUGCGCAUGCGCGACGGCCACACGGGUCCGCGCGCCGCCGGCGCGAUCGGUUUCGCGACGCUGCGCGGCGGCUCGGUGGUCGGCGAUCAUUCGGUGAUCAUGGCCGGGCCGGGCGAGCGGCUUGUCCUGUCCCAUCAUGCCGAGGAUCGCGGUAUCUUCGCCCGGGGCGCGGUCAAGGCGGCGAUCUGGUCGCGCGGCCAGGCGCCGGGGCUCUAUUCCAUGCGUGACGUUCUGGGCGUCAGCUAA